GGCCGACAGCGCACGCCGGUGAGCCGCCAGUGUGCCCGCGCCAGCAAACCCCGCACGCGUCGCGUCCAGCAGAAAGAUGGCUGCACCGGGACAAAAAUUAGAAGAAGUUUUCACAGCUUUCGCGAAGUUUGGCGAUUCGAGGUCUGACGGCAAGGCGAUAACGCUGACGCAGUCGGACAAAUGGAUGAAGCAGGCGCAGGUGAUCGACGACCGUAAAAUCACCACCACUGACACCGGCAUCGCGUUCAACAAGUUCAAGUCCAAAACUUUAAAGUACAGCGAUUAUGUGAAAUUCAUCGAGGAGCUAGCCAGACAGAAGAAGAUGGAGCCGCAGCAAAUAAUGGACAAGAUGCUUAACUGCGGACCGCCGGGCACCGCAGGCGCUACGCAAGCGCUGAAGACAGGCGUGGCGGCGGCGGCGACGGAGCGGCUGACGGACACGUCCAAGUACACGGGCAGCCACAAGCAGCGCUUCGACGAGAGCGGCCGCGGCCGAGGCAUCGAGGGCCGCGAGGACAUCGCCGACACCUCGGGCUACGUCACCGGCUACAAGGCCAAGGACACCUGGGACAAGACGCACCAGAAGUGACGCGCCGCCCUACUCCUACCCAAACCGUGUGUGCAAAUUAAAAAGUUAGCUUGUCUGCUGUU